AUGCUCGAGGUCGAGGCUUCUUCGGCCUUGGGCCUGGGUUGGCUUUGCGAGCCGUCUGAUGCACGAUCUGACAACUCGAAAGUGCGCAGCACAAUACUGUGCAUCUCACUGCAUAGCACCAACCCGAAUUCUGGUGCUGCGAUAUGUUAUACUACUUCAAUGACCAUUCCCCUUUACGGAGUAUUUUUCUCUGGCAGUAUUACCAGUCCAUGUUUCUCCUUGGAGAGAUUAAGCCAAAAAAAAGAAAAAGAAAUGACGCCUAUAGUUCUUGCUCUACUGCUUCUCGUUAUGCCUUACACCACCGUGAUUCCUGCACCUGUUUUCUACUAUAAGGUAUGCUCGAACACAACUGAUUACAAGGUCGGUAGCCAAUUCCAAUCCAACCUCAACCGCAUCCUCUACCGAGCACUCUACGUCGAUGGCGACUAUUCCAUCUUCUCCUACAAACCUGAAGGGGAAGCACCGGACAAAGUCUACGGACUUUUCCUCUGCAGAGGAGACGUUACAUCCGCCAACUGCCAAAACUGCAUCGAGGUCGCAAGCGACGAGAUCGUACAAAAAUGUCCCUUUAAGAAAGAAGCAAUCAUUUGGUACGACCAUUGUCUCAUUCGGUACUCGGACAGAUCAUUUUUCUCUACCGCAGAAAAAAGCCCUUAUUUAUGUUUUUAUAACACAGCAAAUGUGACCGAACCGGGUAAAUUUGCCGAGAUUUUGGAGAAAAUGUUUGCGAACCUGACCAGUUUUGCUACUUCUAUUCAUUCUAAGCGGAUGUACGCAACCAACGAAGCCAACGUUGGUAAUCUUACGAAGCUGUAUGGCAUGGUGCAGUGCACGAAUGAUUUGUCAACGGUGCUUUGUCGUAACUGCCUCGAUGCGAUAAUUGAGUAUCUAGUGCGUGUCUGCAGUGUCGGAAAACAAGGGGGGAGACUAAUCGCACCGAGCUGUAUCGUGCAGUAUGAGCUUUACCCGCUCUUGGAGGACCCUCCGGCCAGCGAGACUGAUGACGUUGGUGGGAGUAGUGAUACAACUAAAGCUGGACAACUAGAUUGGAAGAGACGCCUUCUCAUAAUUAAUGGGAUUGCUCGAGGCCUUUUGUAUCUACAUGAGGAUUCUCGACUAAGAAUAAUACAUAGGGAUCUUAAAGUUAGCAACAUUUUGUUAGAUCAAGAAAUGAAGCCCAAGAUAUCAGACUUCGGAAUGGCCAGGAUUUUUGGUGGAAAUCAAAGUGAAGCCGAAACAAGCAGGGUUGUUGGGACAUUUGGAUAUAUGGCUCCAGAGUAUGCUAUGGAAGGACUGUUUUCUGUUAAAUCCGAUGUUUUCAGUUUUGGAGUUCUCUUACUAGAGCUUAUUAGUGGAAAAAAGAACACCGGUUUUUACCUUGCUGAGCAUGGUCACAACCUCCUCACUUAUGCCUGGAACUUAUGGUGCAAAGGUGAAGGAAUAUUGGAGUUUAUGGACCCAUUACUCGUGGAGUCAUGUGUAGCAACAGAAGUUUUGAAGUGUAUCCAUAUAGGAUUGUUGUGCGUCCAAGAAGACCUCACAAAUAGACCGACAAUGUCAUCCGUAGUUAUCAUGCUUGGGAGCGACAGUGCAACGCUGCCUCAACCAGCACAGCCAGCAUUCUAUGUUGAGCGUUUGGAGUUCAAAUCAUGUCUAUCCUCACCACAUGAUGAUGUCGUCUCUGUGAAUGACGUAACUAUUUCAGAUGUAUCAUUGUGA